AUGUUUGAAGGGGUUCAGUUGACCAGCUCUGCCCUUACAUUGUUGGACUUCCAACGCCGGAAGAUCCCCGUACUGGGCCAGUUUAAAGCAAGCAUCUCGUUUAAAAGGGAAACAGCCGUGAUAGCCAUUCAUGUCACCCCCGGAGGAACUUCUCUUCUGGGUCUGGACGCGGUGCAAGCUUUAGGACUGCACAUUGUGGGCGCGCAGCUACGCUGCCUGUGCACGGCUGCCGAAGCUUCAGAGACCAUGAGUCAGAAAACAGCAACAUCUGCGCAUACGGGCGGCGCAGUUCCUGCAAGCCCGCCGAAGUUCGAUAUGCCACCUCUGUUAUGGGCUAAGUUUUCACAUUUGUUUUCACCGGGCCUUGGCCUGGCCAAAGGCGUCCAGCAUCAGGUCAAAAUGAAGCCGUCAGUCCCUCCAGUGGUGCAGAAGCUGAGACGCCUCCCACUUUCCCUGCGCAAGCCAGUUAGCGACCAGCUUCAGCGGCUCCUCUCCGAUGAUGUAAUUGAAAGGGCUAACGCCUCUGAAUGGAUCUCUCCUAUAGUUGUCGUCCGCAAGAAAGAUGACAGCAUCCGCCUAUGCGUUGACCUCAGAGAGCCCAACAAAGCAAUUGUAGUUGAUAGCUUUCCCCUGCCUCAUACGGAAGAGCUGCUGCACUCUCUUAAUGGUGCACGUUACUUCUCAAAGCUCGACUUGGCCUCUGCAUAUUACCAAGUUACCCUUCAUCCGGACAGCAGAGACCUUACGGCUUCAUUACGCACGACGGCCUUUUCCGGUUUAAAAGAGUGUGCUUCGGAUUGGCGACUGCUCCAGCCGCAUUUCAGCAACUCAUGA